ACUGGCGUACAAGGAGCGAGAUUUGGAUAGGCUGCAACCGCUGAUUGGCAGUAAAGGGGUUCACGCCCCAUCUCCUGCUCAAAGCAAGGCCAAUCAAAGCGAGGACUGGGGGCGGAAAUGCUCGAAUCUUAGAGCCGAGUUAAGUGAGUGGCAGGAGAUAGAUGACUCAGGUGGCUUCUGAGCUGGUGGUGUUUUGUGGGAGCUUCUUUGCUGCUGCUGCUGCUGCUGCUGCUUGUGCCGUGCUGAGGUUCUGGUAGACAGAACCAUGAACCAUUUCCUGAAUGUACUACGAAGCUGGCUGUUUAUGGUGUCCAUCCUAACCAUGGCGAGUGCACUGCAGAGCUUCCGAGACCACACCUUUCUCUAUGAAAAGCUCUACACUAGCGAACCAGACCUUGUGAAUGGCCUCCAUGCUCGGAUCUUUGGGAUCUGGCUACUGCUCUCAUCAGUGGUUCGCUGCCUCUGUGCCAUCGACAUCCACAACAAGAAGCUCUACCACAUCACACUUUGGACCUUCUUCCUCGCCAUGGGGCAUUUCCUCUCUGAGUUGUUUGUAUAUGGGACUGUGGCUCCCACAGCUGGAAUCCUGGCACUCAUGGUUGUGGCAGGUUCCUCAAUCCUGGGGAUGCUGGCUGGGCUUCAGUACCUAGACACAGAACCAGUAUCCAGACAGAAGAAGAAAAACUGAGGCUGGCAUCACCACCUUGGAGACUUCACUGCCUUCUACCUUUGCUUUCCUGUCCCUUCAUCCUCCCUGCUCUUUUAUCUCUUUUCUCUUCCAUUAUUAGUCCCUUUAUCCACUCCAGCCUAUUAAGGUUUUUUUACAUUUUUAAAAAUUUUAAGAUAUAAUAUACUUAAGUGUUUAACUUGUAUGCACAAUUUAAAGAGUAAUUUUAAAGUGAACACCCAGAUCAAGAAAUUGCCAGCACCUCCUUUUUCACUGCAGCCUCCUCCGGGCUCCCUUUUCUAGCCUUCUGUAUUUUCCUUUUAGUUUCAUGCCUUGAUUUGACUUGGACGGUGGGAAGAUGUGAACUGGGAAACUUACAGCUGCUGCCCCACCCAGAACAGCUGCAACCAAGGGCUGCUUCAAGGGGCUGCCCACCCAGUUGGGCUCCUCUCUGCUGCUGGACCCAAGACUGAAUCAUUUGAGGGAUGGGCAGUUCUUCUAAGAAGGGCUCCCCUGCCAGUAAGCAGGGCCAGGGCUCUCCUUACAUCUUCAGGUGAAUCGGGGUCGGAAGUCCGGGCUGUUUUUAAACCUGGUCAGCUGUAUCUGUGUGGGAAAAAAUAUAAUAAUUAGAAAAAA